CAAAAACACACACAGAAAAUGUACCAAAAAGGAAGAAACCUGGAGCCAGGACGACGAAUAAAAUUCGGUCCACGAGAUACCUAAUUGCCCAUAACUAAAAAUUGGUUCAGAUAUAGGAAGCUUUUGGGGGCAAAAGGCAUUCCGUCUUCAGUUAAAUAUUUGCGUUUUAUGCGUUAGCACGUCGCGACGGAUUGUUGUAUAUGUUUUUGUGGUGUGUCGGCUGAAAUAUUAUAAAAUUCGUCCUUGUGAAUUGUUAUAGAAUUAGUUUUAUGAUUUUUCUUUCUCGGAAAAUAAAAAAAAAAAAAAAAUAAAAAAGUAUUUGUUUUAAGGAUAACGCUAAAAGGACAUCAAAACAAGAUGUGAAAUGUUCAACUAAAAGUAUCAUAAAAGGAUAACACACAAACCUCCAAAAAUGAUCCAAAUCAGUGAUUAAAAAAAAAUUAUGUGUAUCCCACUUCUGAGUAUUUGUUAUUUUAACUGAUAUUUUGUGUGUGUGGGGGGAAAGAUAAAACCGGACUAUCAGCAAGGAUUAAAACUACCAGCAUAUUAUUUUUUUAUAUAUAUAAAUUAAUAUCCUUUCUCCUGUCCAUGUCACAACCAACAAACUAACUAAAGGAAAGUAAAAGUUCCAAUAUGCCAACUACCAGGAUCUACCUGACAUUAUUAACAGCUGUCAUUUUGGGAACAGAUCCAACAAUAAGUGAAGCAGAAAUUCUUGAAACAUUUACCACCAUUGUCAGCAGUAGCAGUAACAGUAAUAGUGAAUCAUCAUUAUCAUCUGGGAGUAGCAGCAUUUUACCAUCGACAACAACAACAACAACACAAAUAUUACCAACAAUAACAACAACAACAACGAUACCUCCACUCUCACAGAUAUUAGCUCCUGAAGCUUUACACAUGAAUCAAGAUGAAUUGUAUCUUGAAUCAUCAUAUGCGAAUAAUCCACCGAAAAAUUUCACAGUACAAGAAACGAAUGUAACAGUACAAAUUGGAAGUCAUGCAUACUUGCCAUGUCAUAUUCGCCGACUGCUGAACAAGCCCGUUUCUUGGGUUCGUGUCCGUGAUGAUCACAUUCUGACAGUAGACCAAACAACUUUUAUAGCUGACCAACGCUUUCAGUCGAUAUUUAAAGGCGAAAACGAAUUCACAUGGUCUCUACAGAUAAAAUAUGUCGCCGAAGCUGAUAUGGGCUGGUAUGAAUGUCAAGUUUCCACAGAGCCUAAAAUGAGUGCGAGAGUUUAUCUGAAAGUUGUUGUUCCAAGAACAGAACUAAUUGGCGAUCAUAAUCGUUUCGUCAAAGCUGGCAGUAAAGUUGCCCUGCAUUGUAUAGUCAGAGGCUCACUAGAACCACCAUCGUAUAUCAUUUGGUUCCAAGGAUCAAAACAAAUUAUGAAUGACAACAAACAAGGUUGGUUCAUGCAGAUCGAUCGUAAUAUCUUUGGCAAUCAUACAGAUCAACAGAAUACGGUAAGGAUAGGAUCGUUGAUAAUUCCGUAUGUUAAGAAAAAGGACUCUAGGAAUUAUACUUGUAGUCCAUCGAAUAGUGCACCAGUUACAGUUGAUCUGCAUGUUCUAAGUGGUGAAUAUUCAGCAUCAGCGAUAAUGUCAUCAGCUGUAAUCAACAGGCACAAUUUUUACUAUCUUCUAAUAAUAUUAAUUGUAUUGGCAUUUCAAAAGACGUGACUAGCUUAUCGAAUGUAUUCCAGUUGGAAAAAUUAGACUUUUUUGUAAAUAAAUAUAAAAAAAAAUUGAAUUAAAAUUAAAUUUAAAAACUAUUUUUAUUUUUAAUGAAAUUUGAAUUAAAACGAAAAAAUACAAAACAAAAUGUUGUGACAGAAAAAAGAAGA